AUGCCCGUCACUAUACCCGUCAACGACCACGCCGCAGAGCCCUGGGAGAAAGAACCAGCGGCCAACACCAAAGAUAUCCUUGACGUCGCUCUCCCCCAAGACUCCAAGGCCUUCCAGGAAAUCCUGCAAACGUCGUACAAUGCGAAAGCCAUUGCCGAAAAGAACGCCACCUCUUCAUCCAACGGAUUCGUACACGCCGCCAUUGCAGCUUACAACAACCACCACCAUCUCACACUGCGCCCCGAAGACGUCUGGUUCAGCAUCCUAACCCAACUCAGCUUCUACAUCAAAGCGCACGCCGAAGAAUUGCGCACUUUCUUUGUGGAACAUGAUGACAAGAAGGAGCUCGAGGUCGUUGACUUUGGCACUCGCCAUACCGUCGAUUUCGGCCGCAUGGCUCGAUCAAUGACGAACCUCAUUGCAAAGAAUGUCAAGGACCCCGCUCUCAGCGAUUGGGUGAUGCCGUCCUUUACCACCACAACCGACGAGGACCGCUCAGUCGCUGCGGUGCUCUUCAUGGGAGCCAUGCAAAAGUACUUUUCCUACAGGUUUUCGCUGCGCUGCGGUAUCCCGUCCGUUACCCUGCUGGGCGAGCUGUCUGACUGGCAGGAUAUCCUGAAGCGACUGGAUUUCAUUGACCGGCUGGGCGAGGAGCCAACCAAGUUUAGACGGCAGCUACAGCCUAUUCUUGAGAACAUGAUCCGAUCGUUUGAGCAGCCAGAUAGCCCAGAUGUCACCCAGUUUUGGAACACCAUCGCGCACAAGACUUCUCGCGCGAGUGCCGUGCCGUUCCUGUCUGGUUGGAUCACGGCUUUCUGCUUCUGGAACUCAGAAGGCCAGCCCUUGGGUUCGUACGAGGGUGAUGGUCGCGGUGUUCCAGAGCCGACUAAGGUGGCUGAGGUAGAAUACCCGCGAGUUAAGAUUCCCGAUAUCCCACCUGGCUCGGCUUCCGUUCCUGUACUCCUCGAUGACAAUGGCCAGCUCUUCCAGUGUACCAUGGUUGCUGGGUCUGCAGCCAUACAGGCGGCCAAAGCAAACGAGAAACAAAAGGCUACAGUCACCACUGCACCGGCCUCGGAUGACGCGUUGACAGCUGUUCAGCCAAUGUCGGGCUGGUGGAUCUGCAUAAACGAAGAUCAGUCAGAUCCCAAGGAGAAGAAGGCCAACGACAGUGCUCGCGAGGGUGAAAAUACAGUAGCCCUCGCAAGCCAAUCUGUCUCGGCUUAA